CCUCCCCGGUCUCUCAUGACUGGCACCGCGUCCUUCUGGAUCAACCCCUUCUCCCGCAGAAGAGGUAUAUAUACACUUCUUGUCCCGAGAAGUAACCAGACAGAGUUCCUCGACACUCUGCGACGCUACCAUCUCUUUUCUGCUUUCCUCGUACAAACAAGAAUGUGGUAUUUGACAGUUUCGCUGCUGCUGCUUGCGCUGGCCUCGGCCUCCCCCCAAGGAGGAUACCUACCUCCACCCCGCCCUGGCACUUGCCCUCCUGUCACCUCCCUAGUAUAUGACACAAGGAUCCAAACAUCUUAUGUUGUACAGACAAUUAACAAUGCCAAUACACAAUAUGUGACAACCACUAUCCUACAAACGCAGGUAGUUCCGACUACAAUCUUCAGCACUCGAGUAGAAACUAGACCCCAGAUCCAAACAAGUGUUGUUCAACAAACAUCAGUAUUUUUCAAUAACAGGGUAAUAACACAAACAGUCCCUAGUCCACCAGUCCAACAGACACGUUACAUUACUACGACAAGGGUUGUCCCUCAACUUAGUUAUGUGACACAAACCCAAGUUCAGACUCAAGUGGUACCAGUCGAAGUCACAAGCACCCAAAUACAAACAAUCAAUCAGCCAGUCACUAAUUACCGAACUGAAUUCCGUCAAGAGACUAGAGUUGUUACUAUCCCAGGUCAGGAUGUUGUUAGGACUAGAGUACAGACUGUUGUGCAAACUUCUAUUAUCAGAAGUCAAGCACCUGGAAAUACACGCUAUAUCACAUCAACACAGGUACAAGAACAGGUACAAACCACUGCUGUAAGAGGUCAAGAUGUUAUCUUAACAAGAACUGUUCCAAGAACACAAGUAAUUCCUUACACCACAGUUAACACCAGAUUUGAAAAUGCUGUUGCUACCAGAGAACAGAUUGUCACUAGUACCAAUGUACAAAUUCAGACUGUAGUACAAACUCAGUUUGUUACCCAAGAAGUUGUGAGAACUCAGGCUAUACCAACAACCAUCUACACUACUCGCUUUGAAACUAGAGUUCAACCUUUCACAGAGGUUCAGACUGUAUAUACCACCCAAUAUAAUACCCCAUCUGCCGUGGUACAGACCCGUGAAGAGACCCGAACGUCAGUUGUACAGAUUCCUGGCAGAGACCAAAUAAUAACUAGUCAAGUUGUUCAGACACAACAGCAGCAGCAAGUUAUUUAUCAAACAGUGAAUAAUAACCAGCAGUUAACUGUGACACGAACAGUAACUGGCACAUGCUCACAAGCUGGUUAUAAUUAUAAUACGCCAUCUAAUCCUUUAACAAUUGGUUAAAGAUUUUUUGUUUUUAAGUGUUUAAAUGAAGACUUCCUCUAUAGUAAUCAAAAUCUUUUAAAUACUGUUGUCUCACAAUAUGCAAAAGCAGCAACAAUUUCAAUGUCAUUAGUUGUGUACAGUGACUAUUUUACUGUGGAUUAUCCAGAUGAAGUCCUCUGUAUUUAUAUAUAAGAAAUAAAAACUUUUUCACUUC